AUGGAGGAGGUGGCACAAGAGCUAGAAAAGUAUAAGACCAGCAUUGGAGCGGUGCAAGAAGUAACGUGGAAAGAUAGUGGAACGAUCAAGAAAAGAAAUUAUGAUUUUCACUUUAGUGGAUCCAAUAAUGUAAGAGGACAUAAAGAUGUUGGGUUUUUUGUGCUGCGAAGAAUUAGGAAAGCGGUAUUAAGUUUCGAACCAAUUAGUGAGAGGAUUUGUAAAUUGAGGAUCAAAGGAAAGUUUUGCAAUAUUUCGUUUGUAAAUGUGUAUGCCCCCACAGAGGAUAAUGAAGAAGGUAUUGUGGAUGAUUUCUACACAGAACUUGAGAGAGUUUGUGAUAAAAUACCUAGGCAUGAUAUGAAAGUAGUUUUAGGUGAUUUCAAUGCAAAAAUAGGAAAAGAGGAGCAGAACAACAUGGUAGCAGGAAAGUGUGGUCUGCAUGAAGAAACUAGCUUGAAUGGAGAAAGAGUAUGCAUGUUUGCUGAAGCUCAGAGGCUGAUUGUAAGUAGUACUUGCUUUCCUCACAAAAAGAUUCAUCUGGGGACAUGGAAAAUGCCUGGGAGGGAUAGCUGCAAUCAGAUUGACCAUGUUUUAACUUCAAAGAGAUGGGCUACUUCUAUAAUGGAUAUAAAAACAUGCAGAGGAGCUAAUUGUGAUAGUGAUCACUAUUUGGUGAGAGGAGUUCUUAGACAUCGUAUAGCGAAUACUGUCAAAUCAAGGAAGACAAGAGUAGAAAAUUGGGACGUGGAAAAAUUGGCGGAUGUAAAUGUGAGGCAACAAUUUCAGGAAGAACUGGGUGAUAGACUAACAGGACUUACGACUGAUUUAUCAAUUGAAGAGCAUUGGAAUUACCUGCGAGAAGCAAUGAAGGGCACAGCUGAACUGGUACUAGGUAAAAGGAAAUUUGAAAGAAAUGAGGACUGGUUUGACGAAGAAUGCAGAAAUGCAUUGGACUCUAAGAAUCAGGCUAAGAAAAAGCUUUUGCAAGGUGGAACCAGAGCAAACAUGGAGAAUUACAGAAGAGAAAGAACAUUAGCAAACAGACUUAUGAGAAGGAAAAAAAGAGAAGCAGCAAACAGUAAAAUAGAAAAAUUAGAGAGAAACUACCAGCAGAAAGAAUGCAGGAAAUUUUACAAGAAUAUGAGAAAUAUUACGGAUGCAUACCAGGCAAAAUCACAAGUACAUCUUGAUGAAGAAGGAAAACGUGAUAACAGAGAUGGAGGAAAUCAAGACAAGAUGGAAAGAAUAUUUCGAAGACUUACUCAAAGAACAGGACAUUCUGCUACCAGAAAUUGA